CGGUCAACUGAGUUUAUAAACUGCAGCUCAGAGAAGAAAACCGGGCCGCGCGUGAGCAUCAUAGACUGUAUAUAAAAAGGUGAGCAUGCGUAUGCGCGUAGUAGUCACGUGACUCCAGCACCACGUGACCACCAAAAAAAAAUCCAUGGCGGCGCACCGUUCUGCACGGCUUGCUACAAGAUCAGGACUGGGAGGUUUCCUGCGGCGGGUUUGUUUUCUGAGAAGCUGUGGUCCCCCCACAGCCCUACUGUGUCAGCAACAUCAGCGCUUCUUCUGGAGGAAGUGGAGAAGUUCUCACGAUGUGGUUCGACCAGCUACUGUUAAGCCUGCCUAUGCAGUACCCCAGCACAUUGUGCGACCUGACUAUGUAGGCAGUAGUCUGGUUCCAGAAUGGCCAGACUACGUAGAGAUCAAAAACCAAGAGCAGAUAGAAGGCCUUGCAAGAGCAUGUCAGCUAGCCAGACAUGUACUGCUACUCGCUGGACGCAGUCUGAGGGUUGGCAUGACAACAGAUGAAAUAGACUUCCUCGUACACCAGGAGACAAUCAAGCACAACGCCUACCCAUCCCCUCUCAGAUACGGGGGUUUCCCCAAGUCAGUCUGUACAUCUGUGAACAACGUGGUUUGUCAUGGCAUACCUGACAGUCGGCAACUUCAAGAUGGAGAUAUCAUCAACAUUGAUGUCACUGUGUACUUGGAUGGAUACCAUGGUGACACCUCAGAAACCUUCUUCAUUGGCGAGGUAGAUGAGGUUGGGAGGCUAUUGGUGGAAACUGCCAGACGUUGCCGAGACGAGGCCAUCGCUACCUGCAAGCCGGGUGCACAGCUCUGUGUUAUAGGAAACACUAUCAGUGAAAUAGCAAAUGCCAGUGGCUUCCAAGUGUGUCCUUAUUUCAUUGGACAUGGAAUAGGCUCCUACUUUCAUUGCCAUCCUGAAAUCUGGCACCAUGCUAAUGACAAUGACAUGACGAUGGAUGAAGGGAUGGCUUUCACAAUAGAGCCCAUACUGAUGGAGGGGUCUCCAGACUUUAGGAUCCUGAAGGACAAGUGGACAGCAGUGUCCGUAGACAAUAAAAGGUCGGCUCAGUUUGAACACACAGUGGUCAUCACAUCAGACGGAGUGGAUAUUCUCACCAAACUGCCAGAAGAGGGCAAUCUGUGACCUGAAAGACCUGCUGACUCCUGCAAUGACUGUUCAAGAUCUCUUCACCUCAACCAGGAUCUAAACUACCUUUUGUAAUAACAAAAGUUUCACUGACACAUAUUUUAAACAAGUGGAACGUUUGUACCUGUAAAGUGUAUAAAAAGAAAUUACAUACAUUUUCUUAUUUUACUUUUUAUUAUUAAGUUAAGAUUACACAUAGUUUAUUCAGUCUGACAAAGAGUUUUUUUCACCCUUGACAUAGAGGAAAAGUGGCUGCCAGUGCAUCUUAUUACUAAAUCUGAGAUUUAUGCAUGUCUGAGUCUUUAUAUUAAGAGAUCCCAAUUAUGUCCAAAUACUUUUGUUAGCCCAUCAGCUGCUAACCAGUUUAGAGUUUUUUAGCCAUCACUCAAAGGAAAAUCAUUUAUGACGGUUGCUUCAAUGGGGCCCAUGACAGUCAAAUGUGAUUUGUGACAAGACUUGUAACUGUCAACCUAUAAACUGGAGGAACACAAGCAGGGCCUGAGCCAGGGUUCAAGACUUGCUACCAACCAAACACUGUAAAAUGUUCCGGUUAUUUAAUAAAAUCGCAAAAUGUCACAUUAUAUGUAUUAAUUUAACUAUUUAAAAGUUAUUUGUUGGGUAGUAUUUGUCUCACUUCAUCAUUGUCUCAGAAGAAAACAUGCGCACAAACUUGAGGACAAAAAAUCUGCUAUGGGGUUGGAAAUUCCAAUUUCCAAUUCCUCUUUAUCUUUUGUCUACAGGUGAACUUAAUAAAGGUCAAAUAUCACAUACA